AUGUCUAAUUUGGAUUGUGCAACUCCUAUUUUCGUUACACCCAUCUUAACGAUCCCCUCUUCUCCCCUCACACCUCAGCCUCUAAAGCACAGUAUAGAGUCCCUCCUGGCCCCUCACAAGAAGCGGACCCCUGCUCGCCCCUCUGCUCGUUACAGACCCUACUCCCUGACUCCUCCUCCGUCUCCUAACAGGAAGGAGUCCCUCACUCCUCUAGAGCAUCAGCUGCUACUCCUGAAGCAGAUGCAACAGCAGAUACAGUUCUCUGAAUACAUCUCCUCCCUUCCUACUAACCUGGUUCGUGACCAACCUCACCUAACCAACCUCACUCUCCAACCUCUCAGUUUCUCCACUCCGGUUACUCCCUCAACAAGACCCGUUAGAAAACCUCGCUCUGCUGUCGUAACCCAGCCUUCCUCUACUAAACCGGACUCCACUCCCCACGUGUGUACUGCCACUACCUGCAACUCUCCUUCCUGCCCUCACAGAAUCACAACACCCACCUCUCUCUCCCGGAGACAAACCUCCCUCCCCCGGAGACAAACCCAAUCAGCUGACCAGAUCAGAACACGCACCAACCUGACCUCCGAACAGAAGGGCACUCUACAACUGGUGUUCUCAGAGACUGUGUACCUGACUAAGAGUAGGAGGAGACUGUUGUCGGAGGAGACGGGACUCAAGGAGGAGACUAUUUCUGUUUGGUUCCAGAACAGACGCAGGAUGGAGAAGAAAAGGAGUGCUAACAUACCACGAGCAGAUGUCUUGUGA